AGAACAGAGCCUAAAUAUCGAGAGAGCACACACGCGACAGUGCGCGCGCGAGAGGGUAAAAUUGUCUAAUCGUCCUUCCGCUCUCCUUUAACCUACCUCGCCGCCGCGAAACCCCGCUUCUUUCUUUCUCUCUAACUGAAACCGUUAUUUACAAAAAUUAGGGUUUAUCUCCGGAAUCUAGGGGUUACGACGUUGCAGCUGAGGUGAUUCUGCUGCAAUGGGAGUUCCGGCGUUUUAUCGGUGGUUAGCGGAGAAGUAUCCAUUGAUUGUGGUGGAUGUUAUCGAGGAAGAAGAGGUUGUUAUUGACGGAAUUAAGAUUCCAGUUGAUACGAGUAAACCUAGUCCUAAUCUCGAGUAUGAUAAUCUUUAUCUCGAUAUGAAUGGGAUUAUUCACCCUUGCUUUCAUCCCGAGGACCGGGCUUCUCCGGCAACAUUUGAGGAGGUGUAUCAGAAUAUGUUCGACUACAUUGAUAGGCUUUUUAACAUGGUUCGUCCUAGAAAGCUGCUAUACAUGGCGAUUGAUGGUGUUGCUCCUAGAGCCAAGAUGAAUCAGCAGCGUUCUAGGCGUUUCAGGGCUGCUAAAGAUGCAGCAGAAAUUGCAGCUGAAGAAGAACGUUUACGGCAGGAGUUUGAACAAGAGGGGAGAAAGCUUCCUCCGAAAGAGGAGUCACAAACUUUUGAUACCAAUAUUAUUACUCCUGGAACAGAGUUUAUGGCUGUGUUGUCUAUUGCAUUACAAUAUUAUGUUCACCUCAGAAUAAAUAAUGAUCCAGGGUGGAAAUCUGUUAAGGUUAUAUUAUCUGAUGCAAAUGUUCCUGGGGAAGGGGAGCACAAGAUUAUGUCAUACAUACGCCUUCAACGGAAUCUUCCUGGCUAUGAUCCAAACACACGCCAUUGUUUAUAUGGAUUGGAUGCAGACUUGAUCAUGUUGGCACUGGCUACCCAUGAAGUUCAUUUUUCAAUCCUAAGAGAGGUUGUUUUUGUCGCCGGACAGCAAGAUAAGUGCUUCAUAUGUGGUCAGGUUGGCCAUUUAGCAGCAACUUGCGAAGGCAAAGCAAAGAGGAAGGCUGGUGAAUUUGAUGAGAAAGGUGCUGAUGUUGCUAAGAAACCUUUUCAGUUCCUGAACGUGUGGACUCUCAGGGAAUAUCUGGAGCAUGAGAUGAGGAUUCCCAAUCCUCCUUCUAAGAUUGAUUUCGAGCGCAUUGUAGAUGAUUUCAUCUUCAUCUGCUUUUUCGUCGGCAAUGACUUUUUACCUCACAUGCCUACCUUGGAAAUCCGUGAGGGUGCAAUAAACCUGUUGGUGGCUGUGUAUAAGAAGGAAUUUCGUGCAAUAGGCGGAUAUUUGACCAAUGGAAGCAAGCCUGAUUUAAGUAAGGUUGAGCAGUUUAUUCAAGCUGUUGGAUCAUAUGAAGACCAGAUCUUCCAGAAAAGGGGUCGGUUACACCAGCGUCAAGCAGAGAGGAUAAAAAGAGAUAAAGCACAUGCCAAAAGAGGAGAUGAUGUGCAACCCCAAGUCGAGCCUGAGUCCUUAGUCCCUGUUUCACGAUUUAAGGGUUCUCGCCUUGCUUCAGCUCCAUCACCUUCACCCUUUCAGAAGGGACCAGUUGGGAGUUCAGAAAGUAAGCCUCGUAAAGUGGCCCGUACCUCUACGGCAACAAUUGGCGCUGCUAUUGUUCAGGCUGAAAGUAGUCUUGAAGAGGAAGCUCUUGACAAUAUAGAGGAUCUGAAAGCAAAGAUUAAAGAGUCCAUUCGUGAGAAGUCCGAUGUUUUUAACUCUGACGUUCGGGAAGAAGAUAAGAUCAAAUUAGGAGAGCCUGGAUGGAAGGAAAGGUAUUAUGAAGAGAAGUUCUAUGCAAAAUCUUUAGAAGAAAUGGAAAGCAUUCGGAAGGAUGUUGUCUUGAAGUACACAGAAGGCUUGUGCUGGGUUAUGCAUUAUUAUUAUGAAGGUGUCUGCUCAUGGCAGUGGUUCUAUCCAUACCAUUAUGCUCCCUUUGCUUCUGAUAUAAAGGAUAUUGCACAAUUAGAUAUCAACUUUGAGCUAGGUUCUCCUUUCAAGCCCUUUGAUCAACUUAUGGGAGUCUUUCCUGCUGCAAGUUCCCAUGCCCUUCCAGUGACGUACAGGAAGUUGAUGAGUGAUCCUAAAUCCCCAAUUAUUGAUUUUUACCCAUUAGAUUUUGAAGUGGACAUGAAUGGGAAGCGUUUUGCUUGGCAGGGCAUUUCGAAAUUGCCUUUUAUUGAUGAAACCCGUCUUCUUACAGAGAUUGCAAAAGUUGAACAUACGUUAACGGCAGAAGAGAAGAGAAGGAACAGUAUCUUGUCUGACAUGCUGUUUGUAGCUGUAUCCCAUCCACUGUCACCUUAUAUUUUUUCACUUGAUGAUCGUUGUAAGCAAAUGAAUGAGGAAGAAAGAGUACUAGUGAAAGAACAAAUUGACCCCAAGGCCAGGUCUGCUUGCAGUGGGGGAAUGAACGGUUACAUUUGCCUUUGUGCUGGAGACCCUUGCCCUCCUAUUUUCAGGUCCCCGGUAGCUGGCAUGGAAGAUAUUGUAGACAAUCAAGUCAUUUGUGCAAUAUACAAACUCCCAGAGUAUCACAAACACAUAUCACGUCCACCUCCAGGGGUGAAAUUUCCAACAAAGAUUGUCUCGAUGGGAGAUUUGAAAGAACCUGUCUUAUGGCACGAGGAUAAUGGAAGAGGGCGGUAUAUGGAUAAUGGAAGAGGGCGGCAUAUGGAUAAUGGAAGAGGGCGGCAUAUGGAUAAUGGAAGAGGGCGACAUAUGGAAAGUGGAAGAGGGCGACAUAUGGAAAGUGGAAGAGGACGGCCUAUGGAAAGUGGAAGAGGACGGCCUAUGGAAAGUGGAAGAGGGCGGCAUAUGGAAAAUGAAAGGCCAAACCCCCCUGGAAGCAUAUCUGGUCGUCAACUUGGAGAGGCAGCACAUCGGCUGGUUAUUAAUAGCUUACAAGUUAGGGCGGAUCAGACCGGAUAUGCCAGAUCUCCAGCUUAUGGACCUGUGGAUUCACAUCCAGAUAAUAGAUACUAUGGUCAGGAACACAGUGGGAUGAUGCCACCUCCUAGAGCAGCGUAUUUGGGGGCUGGAUAUCAGCGACCUCCUGCCAUGACACAAAUCCAUCAAAGUCAGCCAUACAGUUCACAGUAUGGAAGGCCCAAUUCUCAAAAUCAAAGAAGUAAUAUUUCAGCUCCCGUUCAGGGAUAUUAUCCACCUGUACCUCAGUACCAUCCUGCCGAGCCUGCACCUGGAGCAUACCAUCAUCAGAGUGGCCAAAGUUAUGGUGUUGGUGGUUAUAAUCAGUGGGGUGGACGCCCACAGUCUCACAAUGCUGGUAGAGGAGGAUAUGGUAACGGUAGUAGUUCCCAACAAGGGGGAAACCGUUUCUCAGCAUUCGAAAGAGGAUCAAGUCGUAUGCCACCAUCUACUCGUGGUCGUGGUCGUGGUCGUGGCCGGUAGUAAGAUUGCUUCAACUUGAGCAAAAGUUAGCUGAGGUGUAAAAUACGCAGUUUCAGAUGAUAGGAUUCUGUAGCAUACUUCCAGCUUCGUAUUCCCUUGAUUGUUUUAUUUAUUGAGUUUAAACAUAUAGGAGCAUUUCCUUUUCCAAGUUGUAUUGUAUUAUUGUUGUAAAAUAUCUUGGCCAAAUCUUGGCAAUAAAAAUUGAAGCACAAGUAUUUUUUUCC